AUGCCUUGCUUCAAAGGCCUCGCCGUGAGCAUCCAUACUCCGGAUGGACCAAUCCCCGAGUACUCCAUUCAGCGCCAGUCGCGCGCCUCCCGCAUAGGCUGCUUCAUCCCCGUCCCUCCCCCCCUAAACGGUAAACCGGAACAAUCCACCUUUGCCAUUUCCAUCACCCUCCUCAAUCCCGGACAAGAUGUCCCCUACUCCACCCCCAAGCCGACAGCCGACGAGCCUUCUCCCAAGCCAAAAGUCGUUGGAGGGCUGCCCGGCAAAACAAGCGAGCGCGGUCAAUACUCGGGCGCAGUCGCCCCGUACCAAGCCCUAACCAACUCUCCUAACGAAACCGUCGCCGCCUACAUCUACUUCGAUGGAAGACAAAAGGAGGAGGUAGCCACGCUGCUGCGCAGGGGCGAGGAGACAUGGCUCCGAGGAGGCGGCAUCGCCGAACGAGAAUUUCUGUUCCGCGAAGUGGGACUAGAGCGGUGGCUGAACGGUCUCGACUUGGAGGGCAAAGAUGCCGCGGCGAAGAUCGAACGCCGACGACAGAAGGUGGAGAAGCGUCGCGCAAAACGCUUGGCGGAAGGCACGAAUAUGGAAGAAGACAUGAGUGCUAUGGAGCUGGAAGCCAAGACGGCGAAACCAAAGAAUAUCAUGCGAUACGGCAACGAUGCGAAAGCACCCCUGGAAAAUGUUUCCGACGACGAUUUGUCCUCCGAUUCUGAUGAUGACGACCCCAUUCCUGAGACUGCGGGCCAGAUCAAGGUGGCGCUUUUCCGUGUGUUGGCUUCUGGGGAGAUCAAGCGGGGUGAAUAUUCGCCGCAGUUCGACGCGCAUGAUGACGACGAAGAGGGUGGACAGGGUAACAGCGGCGGGGACGCCGAUGUCGAUCAUACGACAAGCUUCGCAAAGCCGAAGUCUCUAGAUCCCAAGUCCAUCAGCACGCAGACGGUAACCGGCAUCGAUCCCACCGAUAAGCCGUAUGCGAUAUUCACCUUCAUGUAUCGCGGUGAACGUGAGUUCUCCCAUCUCGGUGAGAAGAUGGGUAUCCUGAAGGACUCAAAGUCACAAGAUACGCCAGCUGCAAAGAGAAAAUCCCUACAAGCUGACUUGGCUAGCCUCGGUCCGCUAAAACCCGGAGGAACAGUCGGAUUCAUGAAUUUCCGAGAGAGCAACUCCGGCCGCAAGCAGACGAAGGGCGAGGAUGAUAUGGAUAGCGAUGACGAUGACACAGACAACCCUAUCCUUAGCAAGGCUGACGAUGAAGAGACGAAGGAUGACAACCGCUUUUUGUCCCCGGACGACAUCAAACGUGAGGGUGAACUUGAAGAAGGUGUCAGGAAGAUUCGCCUCAAGCGUCAGCACUCUGCAGAGCCGGGCGGCAGCAGUGUUGAAAGCCCUAACAGCCCCUCAGCGUCGGGCACCACACCCCCUGCACCGGAACGUGCUACUACCCCACCAAAGAAGACCACCUCGACUGCCGGGCCAUCGGAGCUUUCCCAACCACCCCCGGAAACCACCGAGAGCUUCAUCGGCAGCCCAUUGAAGAAGCAACGCGCGAGUGUCUCUAUGGCGGAUGAAAACGCCCUCCGGCGCCGAAUUGCUGAGUCAUCUGGUCGAAUCAACGAGGUCCUUGGCAACAGCACCAACGAUUCUAAGAACGCCAGUGCAGGCGCCUUCGGCACGAAUGUCAACAAUCAGCCAAUUAUCAAGACCGAGGAUGAAGAUGAGGAGCUGUGA